ACGCUCUCACGGAACCCUCCGAGAACGAGAAGACGAUCGAAUGUCUUUCACAGACAGCUUCAUCGCGCUGCUCCUCAUCAAGGCAACCUUAUCUAGCGUUCGUCCAUGAAGCCAACAGAGGCUGCUCCGAGGGCUUCUGACAAGCAGGCGCAGCACGCUAAGGCAGGGAAAGAGAAAACUGGAUCCAGGAAAGGGCCCAAGCAUGGCUCGUUACCGGCCCGCCACUUGAAGCAGCGCGGAGCUUCCCAUGAACGAGAUGUCAUUCACAAGCGCCCGCCGGAAGGUCACGGAAACUCAAUCUCGAGUCCUACGCUACGACAGACAGACGCCAAAGUUCACACCAUCCGGCCACCGUUCGCUCGAGUAACCAAGGGCUCCAAACCGCCGAAUGUUGUGGAAGCUUCGGCAACUCAGCAUCACCGACGUCCGAGUCGCGUCUCCACCACUGAGCGUGCCCCCACCGAGGGCAUCGCCGUGGUAUCGUUGCCGGGGUCACAGGUCUGCCCCUCUGCCGGGGCCAGUGCGGUGUCUUUGCCGGUGUCACAGGCCGGCCCCUCUGGCGGGGCCAGCGCGGUAUUGCCCAGUAGCCCGACUGGUCUAAUGUCGCCCCUGUUAAGCGGAAACAUCAUGGCCUUCCCCAUGGAGGCGGCCUUCAGUCCGCCCAAUCUGCCCCGUGAUCAAAUCGCCGAGGAGGGCCCGAAGCCACCCGCGGUCUCUGGGUCGCUGAAGUUUUGUCUCACGUUCUCGCUGUGCGUGCUAACGGUCAUUCUUAUAUCAACUGUGGUUGUGCUGGCGAUCAAGACUUAUUUAUUCUCGGAGGCGCCUUCUUCGAACGUGUGCAAGACCCACGCCUGCCUCGCCUACUCAAAGCGGCUCCUCUCGUCCAUCGACGACUCCGUGAACCCGUGCAAGAACUUCACGCGCUUCGUCUGCGGUGGUUGGCAGAAGGCGAACUCAUAUUCCGUUUGGGAGAACCAGUUCCAGAGCGUGCUGAACAAGCUUUCCAAGGCACUGAACAGCAUCGACGUGCCGUCGUCGGGACAGCACGGAGAGCAGCGAGCCGCCGCCGUGUACCGCAGCUGCAUUGCCAUACUCGAAGGCAGCGGGGACGAGCUGGCAGCCGUGAAGAAGGCGCUGGACGACGCCGGCAUUGUGUGGCCGCAGCCAUCGAGCGACGCGGACGUUCCCCGCACGCUCCUCUACGUCGCCCUGAAGCUCGGCUGGGACGUGCUGCUCGAUUUCGAUGUCACGACGCUCAGCGACGGAAGCACGGUUGAGCUAUUCGCGAGCAUCGGCAAGUUGCUCCUGUUCGUGGUCAAGAAACUCCGGCGCCUGCGUGCGAAUGGUGGCGGCGAAGUAUACUUUGACUUCCUCAGAGAACGCUUCAGGCGUAACGACACGGACAGCGUAACGUACGAGCAGAUGCACGCCAUCGAGAUUUACGCGCUGCAGACCGUCAAGUACUCUCUCGGCCGUACGGUGACCGCGCAUCGCGUUGAGAGCUUUCUAGAUGCGCCGGACAUCGGGCUGACCGAGGCUAAGUGGAUGGCUGCGCUAGGAGCGAUCAACGUAAGCGUGGCCACACGCGUGUCUGUCACAAGUAAGUCUCCGGAGUUUGUGGAAUCUGUACUGCGUGUCUGGAGGUGGAACGGCUCGGACUCAUUCCACACGUUUGUCUCCUAUUGCACGGUUCAAGUGGCUGCACUCUUCGCGAACGGGGACCUCAUUCAAAAUUACUAUGACGAGGAUUACCCCACGACGAAAGCGUACCACCAAUUAUUCUGCGUCACCAGAGCCAUGUUCUUCUCCAUACAAGCACCGUUCGCCAGAUACAACGCCGAUGUUCUGAAGGGAAACGCAGGUGAAGUGGCCAGGAAUAUGUCGCUAUCAGUGCGGAAUGCCUUCUCGCGCCGUCUGUCCAACUGGACUUAUUUCGACGAGAGCAUAACCGUGGUCGACGACUGGUCCUCCCUUGCAAUGGUCUUCUUCAACUUCGAGCGACACACUGGCGAGUACGGGAGCAAGAAGCGAGUCCAGCUGCCGGACACGACGGACUCGUUCGUGAACAACUGGAAGCAGUCGGUUCUCAUCAGAAACCCACCGGAAGUGGAUGAUACAAUGCAAUCCGUGUACAAGCUGAAUUACUACAUAAUUUUAUACAGUAAGAGGGAUUUUCAGCUGAUGCCGUACGCCCUGUCUUAUCCGCUCUUCGACUCGGGGCUGCCUUCAUCGGUCAACUACGGCGGCUUGGGAUCCGAGAUCGCCAAAGCCCUGGGCAGCUUGUUUCUCUACUUCUACAGUAACGUGUCCGAGUCACAGUCCAUGAUUGAGUGUAUGCGAGAGGGCAGCUCAAUCAGCAAAGGCCGAUGGUACGCGGAGCAGGCUAUCGGCCUCGGCGCUCUCGUGGACGCUUACGACAGUGUGGUGAGGCGUGCAUCGGACAGCGCGGUGCAGGGGCUGGAAAAGUACAGUGGACUGCAGCUUAUAUUCAUCGCGCUGUGCUAUCUCCAAUGCAGAGGCCAGGACGCCAAGGAAGCAGGAGAGUCGGUGUGCGAUAAACCACUGCGGCACGUACCCGAGUUUGCUGAAGCUUUCGGCUGUGCUCUCGGCGACCCGAUGAACCCUCCGAACCGGUGUCCACUGCUUUGA